UGAGCAUGGUGUUCCGAAAACGUAUCUUGCUUUUUCUGCUGGUGCCGUUUGUUACUACCAGCAAAAAAUGGCUGGAGAUCGGAUCUCAGAAAUCGGAGUCAGUAAUUUUCCCAAGCAAUGAUAUCUACGGACUAAUUGGACCGGGGGAUAACCCCGUUGUUUGUCUGAAUAUUUCUUUUGAACGGCCCAUGGAAGUUUCAUUAGGUGACUGCUACACAUCAAUUCCAAUUAGAUCAAUUCAAAACAAAAUUAUUCAUAUCAACCGUUCCCAAGUGGAUCAUGCUUUCAACCAAAUUUUGGAAGGACAUGAGAGCUGUGAACCUAAUCAACUGGAAAUUCACAUUGCCAACAAUGAAAACUACACUGUGACAGGUUGGUACGAAGUUUACCGGUGCAUGCGUCAGAGGACGCAGUUUCCAUCAUCCGGAAAACAAGAUACAGUGGUUUUGCACAAUGAUGAGUAUUUGCCUGUUGUGAGCACCUGGGAAGAUAGGCUCACUUCUAUUCGAUUCAGGCUGAGCAGAGGCGUUGGAGUUCGCAGGCGAAUUGACAUGUUUCAGGCUAUUCAUGCCGCUAUCGUCAGCUUCUCGAAAACAAUUUGCUUUGAAUACCAUGGUGUCGGAUUCAUCAAGUUCAGUAUGUCAAAAUGCGAUGUUUCUACAAAAAUCACUGUGGUUCUCAACAGCGACACUGUAUUUGGGUUGUCCCACAAAGAAAAAUCCAUCUUGAAAAAAAUAAACUUUGAAAAGUGCACGGGCAAUGAGGAGUGGUUCAUUGAUAUUGAACCAAUCAGUGAACACGCAGUGACAGGACUCUUGGAUAUUUAUUCAUGUUCUCCGGAUUCUGGUGAAGCUGAGGAUAUUGGAAGUUAUUUCCCAACUUGGAUUCCCAAUACAAGUAUUAUGGGUUUGACAAGAACUAUCUAUUUUGCGUUGCUACCAUAUUCAGAAGGACAUUAUUCUGCAGAUUUAAAGCAAUUGCUUGAUACGGCAGUUUGCGACACUGAAAAAACAGCAAGAAUCCGACUAGAUGUGCAAACUACCAAACCAGUUUCAAUAUCACUUACACGAUGCAAACACCAACAAAGCGAAAGAAUAAUAAUUAGUGAAUAUCAGAAAACUGGAGCACUUUUCAUCAAUUUCUUGGAUCUCCAAGAUUAUCUCAAACUUUCAUUGUCGAAGAAAUGUGCUUCAACUGAAUCAGAUGAGGGUUUGUAUUUGCACGUAAAUGCCACUGGGGACGUUGCAAUCGGCUCAGUUAAUUUUUCGCUGGAUACUGGCGAUCGGAACAAUUACAAGCCAGCAAAAUCACUGAUUGCAUUAUCUAUGCCUCCGAAUUCCACAUUUGUUCGGAAAAUUUCACUGGAAAAAAUUCUGAAAGAUGCAAUAAUUGGCAACCGAAUGAUUGGAUUCAAUCUGGACUCAAACCAUCGGAUUGCCUUAUUUGUGAGCAAAUGUAGACACUCUACUAGACAAAUCCUUGGUGGAAAUGUAAGAUCUGGAUUGCACACUUUGAGCAAACAUGUACUCGUUGAACUAGCCAAACUUCAAGAGAAACGUUGUGAUGGAAAACAAAAUGUGGAGAUGGGAACAGCGUUUUUGCAUAUUCAAAGUUUUGAACAUUCAACUACUGGAAAUUUGAGAUUUGUCAGAGUAAAAUACACUGAUGCCAGGAAGCAUAAUAUGAAUUACAAAUUAUUCGUCGAGCUAGAGGAUAAAUUUAAAGCAUCACAUGCUAAUCAAAGAAUCAUUGUUCCACAUUACAACAACAAGCCAGUCGAAGUAGACCUUGCAUUCUUUGCUGAAACCGUACUAUCAAAAUCAUAUAUGGACUUAGAAAUUAUCAACCAUCAACCAUUUGAUGUAACAUUAUUAUUCAGCAGAUGCCAGAGUACCUCAAGUAGUGAUUUUAAAAUCAGAGUAAAUGGGACAUAUACAAUGUGCUUGCAAGAUGUGGAAAAGCUCUAUAAUUUAAUGAAAUCAGCGAGCUGCAGCAAUACUGCAGAGUAUGGCUUGUUUGUACACGUCUUAGGUGGAAGCUUCGGAGGGUAUAUUACUAUUCGAGUUAAUAAUUUUAGAGACACUAUGAAAACUAACGGUGGGCUCUAUCAUGUCGAAAAUCAACAAAUUCACUUUGUAGCCAUUCCGUUGGGAAACUUGGAUCGACCGAUUUCUAUUCGACUAACUAACAUGGGAACAACCACAGUCCAAUUAUACGCAUCUUUGUGUUCUCCUCAGGCUGCACCAAUUCUUCUUUGGAACAAAAAACUGACCGUAGCCAAUAUCAAGUUUACGAAAAAGCACUAUCAUGAAUUAGAGCAUUUGGCAGUGUUGGAAUCUGUGAAAUGCAACUCGACAGCAAUGAAAACUUUAUUUUUCUCUAUUCGUUCCAAGAACGCAAGAGGAAAAAUUAUUGUGGAUAAGGCGUUGAAUGAGUUUUGCGACGGAAAAACGUGCACCAGUUGGGGAACAAUGAGAUUUUUCAAAAACACAACUGGGUUAAUUAUAGCGCAGUAACUUCACACUCCACUUCUGUGUCCUUCCAAAUCUUGUCUUCCAAACAAGCAUCCCGCUAACAAUUAUACAUAAUUUAAUUUAGUUAACUUCAUGUCAAAAGUACAAAAUAUUUCUUUCAGGUUAUUCCCUAAAAAUGACUAUACCCGAAAAGCUUUCAACUUUAUCAACCUAUACAUUUUUUAUCGUAUUAUACUUGAAGCACCAAUAAAAACUGGGCG